AUGGCACUUGAGAGCGUCGAUCACCUCGUCCCACUUCAAACGGCCACUCCCCUGCCCACGAUGCUCACGGUUCACGCCUUCACCAAAGAAGCCGUCCUCGACGCAGCAGGCUGGUACAACCACCAGCAAUCUCAUCGUGAAGCCAAGAUUAAGCAGGAGGCGAUCAUCAAGAGUGCAAAGGCUCAUCUGGUGAUGUGUGUGGGCCAGGCGAUGUACGACACGGUGAAGGACCUUCCCGCGCAUCAACAGUGGGCCAAGCUCAAGUCGGUCUUCGCUGCGACCUCGAGCACCGUCGACCGCAGCGCCCGCCUCGUCGAACUUGUCACCAUGCCCCAGUUUGUUGUCGGCGACGACUUUGAAACUUGGCUUGCCACCUUCUGA